AUGUUUCUUGGCACCUGCGGGGUUCUUUUUUGGAAAACAGAGCACGGGCCUCGAAGAUGGGAUGUCCAAGUGAAGAAUGCUGAGAUGGAUUGCUCUGAUCAUAGACAGAGCAAGACAGAGAGCUACAAAGGUAAUGAUGCUUCUAAUGGUUUCUUGUCGUCUCCGUGUAAUUCGAGUUUGUCAAAUGAAGGGAGCUCCAAAUCUAAGAAAGAGAGCUCUAGAACAUGUGAAGCUAUAAAGAACAGGAAUUUGGUCGCGGACGAGAAUGCUAAGGCUCAUCAUCAAAGAAGUGUUUCACUUGGGAACGUAUGUAAAUCUCCUCAGAAUUUCAAAGAUGGCCAAGCAAUUGAAGCAAGGCCUAAAAACCAUGUAUUAGGCCUUGGAAGAUGUCAUUAUGGGCAUGGAAACAUUACAAGGAGGGUCAAUGUGGCUGCUGGAAAUAAGAGCAUGCCAAAAUCUCCAAAUUUCUUAAGUUCACAAUCUUCUUCUGCAUACCAUAAGAGUUUGGAAGGGCUUAACAACAUGGGUAAUAUGGAGUGCAGAAGGGCCAGCUUCUUGGACGCAAUUUCUUUUUAUGAUAAAGUUAUUGCCUUGUGCGCUCAAAAUGCUGCCUGCCAUAACGAUAAGGGACGCACCAGCGCCUAG